GGUUGAAAAUGAGAGAGAUGCAAAAUUACCCUAAAAUCUCUAAAUAUUUUCAAAAGUAUUGUUUCUAUAAUUAUUUUCAAAAUCCACGAUAUUAAUCCAAAAUUUCCUUCCCAAUUCCUCUAUGUUUUAAAAUCCCACAAAUUCAAAUUUAUUUCUAAUUUUUCGCGGCAAUUUCUUGAGGGUUCGAUGGAGGAAGAAGAGCACGAGGAAGACCAUGGUCUCGCUAAUACAAUUCUUUCCUGCCCUAAUCGAAUUCCCGGCUGUCCAAUUGAAGGCAUGGAAUCUGUGGUUGUGACUGUUAGUGGCUACCAUGGCACAGAAAGAUUUAACCUUAUCAAGAUGAUAUCUUAUACUGGUGCUAGCUAUGUGGGUGCAAUGUCAAGGUCUAUUACUCAUUUGAUUUGUUGGGAAUUACAAGGGAGGAAAUUUGAUCUUGCUGAGAAGUUUAGAACAAUAAUAGUCAAUCAUCGUUGGCUUGAAGAUUGCAUCAAACAUGGAAAGCGUGUCCCUGAAGGUCCUUACAUUCUCCAAAGUGGGCAAUCUAUAGGUCCCUUGUCAAUGAAACUCCCUCUUGCUGACAAGGGCUAUGUCUCAGCCAAAAAGUAUAACCUGCUUUCUGAAAAGUUACACAAUUACGGAAAUGUUGAAGAUCAAAGUAUUAAAGACAUAUGCUCUUUUGGUGAUUCAAUCUUGCCCCGCUCUUCUUUGCUGGAUAAGGAUCUGUCCUCUGAUUUUAGAAAAAGUGAUGACACUGCUCAUAAGCGAAAGCACAAAGUGCGGAAGAGGAUUUCUAAGCUAGAAGACCCAUCAAGCUCAAGUAGCAGAAACCGUUUUGAGGAACCAACUUCUGCUGGUCUUUUUGCGAUUGAGUGUGGUAGCCCUUCAAGCUUGGCGAGAGAUGAAAGAAAAGGUGAAAGUAGUAAUCAAGACUCUACUGUUAAAUCUUCAAGGAGACGACGCCUGCUUGUAAGUAAUAACUCUAGGGAAGAUCAUAACAAGCCUGACAUUUCGAAUUUUGACCCGGAGCUGUAUCGUUUGGGAACUCGUAAUAGUCUUACAGUUCCAUCAGUCCUUUGGGAUGCUGAAACAGAUAUUGAAGUGGUAAACAUUGGAGGAACAUCUGAUCGUGAACAGUUGUGUGAUGAAAGGGGACUAGCAAGUGUCAGAUUUGAAGGUGUUGAAGCUUGUGAGAACCAAUCUACUUCCAAAGAUACAAACUUACUAGUUGACAAUGCACCAAGAGUGCUAUCAAUAACUUCAGAAGAUGAACUGCACAAUAUGAAUGAUUUGCAAAAGAACAUUGAGGAUCCAGUUAUAGAACUCGAUGCAAGCUUACCCUCCACUUCAACAGAGUUAUCAUGUGUCAUCUGUUGGACAGAUUUUAGUUCGACGAGGGGAGUUUUACCCUGUGGGCACCGAUUUUGCUAUUCAUGCAUUCAGAACUGGGCAGAUCACAUGGCUUUGAGCAGAAAAAUCUCAACGUGCCCUUUGUGCAAAGCCAGUUUUCUGAGCAUCACAAAGGUUGAAUAUGCGGCCACCUCGGAUCAGAAGAUAUACUCCCAAACCAUUCCAUGUGGAUCAUCAUUAUUGGAUAUUUACCUUCUAUCUGAUGAAAGAACUCUUAACAACGUUGUUCAGCCCUCAGUAGCAGCUGUUUGUAGUGCAUGCCGUUGUCGGGAACCAGAGGACCUCCUCAUGAGCUGCCAUCUUUGUCAAAUUCGACAAAUUCAUUCAUAUUGUCUGGACCCACCGUUGUUACCAUGGACUUGUAUUCACUGCAAGGAUCUGCAGACACUGUACCAUCGAAGCCAUUAAUUUGUCAUCUUGUUAGAUCAGGUGAUUUCAUAGAGAAAUUGAAGUUGGGUGGCCAACAUGAGUUUAGCUCAACUGACACCUAUAUGUUCCUGUGGACAAGAGGUUUCAAAUUCAAAUUCCCACUCCAGCAUUUAUUACAAUGCCUUUACAAAAAAAAAUUUGAAGUUGGCUGAAGAUUUUGAAGCAAAUAAAAGCCAACCUGCCUCCCACAAAUCCUUCAAUGCUAAGGUUGUGCUCAACACUGAAUAUUGUAAUUAUUUUGAAAAGUUUCAAUUUGUUUGGCUUGUUAUGAUGUUGUUUUUGAAUGUCUUGUUUGAUUUCUUCUGCAUUUAACCGAAAGAAGAUAUUAGGAAGGAGGAAAAGAAAAGAAAAGCCAUCCGUACAUCUUUUUGGAAAUCAUUACGUGCAUAAAGCAGAUUAUUAGUAUGUUGAAAUAAUUGACACUUUUUUCUAGCUGUUCAUGUGAAAUAUUUCCAACUUAUUUCUUGAUUAAUGCAUUUGUUCUUAAGAUGCC